CAAAACGAUACCAGGUUCGCAUACAUUGACACGAUUUCUCAUCAAAUGCGACUCACGGUCUAUUCUUAUGUUGGACUCCUAACAAGCUCACAAAAUCAAACAAAAACUCCAAUACAUCAAACCAACAAUACAUAAAAAGUCUCUCGACGUUCGAAAUGGCGACCGAAAUGUUGCAGAACGAGAAUUUGAUGAAGGAUCCAACGCACAAGGAGCAUGAAAAGAAAGAAUUUGAAUAUGAAAUCUUUCAAGGAAAGCUCCUCACCGAAGGAACCGGCACGUCACUUCCAGCCGACACUCAGCUUUGUGUCAUGCAUACUAAAGCAUUCCCCCUUGCGGAAGAUGAAGUCUUGGAAGUUAUGGAUACUCACGGAAAGCCAUAUGCGGAUGGAAUUCAUUUUAAAGCCCACCGUACUCUCUUCGGCAAAACCAGUAUCGUCCUCCACGACAAAAGCCACGAGCCCAUCGCAAUGUGCCAGCAGAUGCUCCUUGCUCCCACGCCUGCCUACACGAUCUACGGUAGGAAGCCUUUGCUUGAUGGAUAUACUGGCGGAAUGAUCCAGGCGGAAAAAGUAAGGUUUUUUCCGUGGUACCAAGUUAGCGAAGUCGAUCUUUCGAAUCGCCGCGUCCUGAUCAUGAAAUGGAAUGGACUAUGCUUCAUGCCAUUUCUCAGCGCGACGGGAAACGAUUGUCAGCAUACGAUCGAAGACGGCCGUGGAUUUGGUAUCCUGGUUGGUCGCAUCGAAAAGAAAAAUGAGUUUCUCCCUCAUGACGAAACUGUUCGCUUCCAAUGGAACAUCAGCUUCCACCCCGAAGCCGACCCGGCCAUGAUGCUGUGCAUUGCGGCGGUGCUGGACAACUUUUUCUACCGCGCACACAUCCAACGGAAAGUUGACCACGCUUAAUGCUUUACGUUGCUCAAAUUAUUUUCGUGCUUUCAAAACUGGUAUUUCGCCCCACAGUCCCAAGGACGAAACGCCUAGCAAGGAAACUGCGUGUGAGCAGGAAUUACAUUCAUAGCCUUAAAUGAGAUUAUUUGCAAACAGC